AGCUAUAUCGAGCUGCUGAAAAAAAAAAAAAAAGAAAGCUAUAUCGAGCUCUUGUUGUUGUCUUUCUAGAAGUCUUUUGUGUCUUGUCUGGAUUAAUUGAUUGUCGGAGAAGAUGAAGAGAAUAUUCGGUGCGAAAAACAACAAAGAGCCUCCACCGUCCAUUCAGGAUGCUUCUGAUCGGAUCAAUAAAAGAGGAGAGUCAGUGGAAGAUAAGGUUAAGAGGCUUGAUGCUGAGCUUUGCAAAUACAAAGACCAGAUCAAAAGGACCAGACCUGGUCCUGCUCAAGAAGCUAUCAAAGCACGAGCUAUGCGAGUUCUCAAACAAAAGAAAAUGUAUGAAGGACAACGUGACAUGCUGUACAAUCAGACUUUCAACCUUGAUCAAGUUUCUUUUGCUGCUGAAGGCCUCAAAGAUGCUCAACAAACUAUGACAGCGUUGAAAUCAGCUAACAAGGAGUUGAAAGGAAUGAUGAAAACCGUCAAGAUCCAGGACAUAGAUAACUUGCAAGAUGAGAUGAUGGACUUAAUGGAUGUGAGCUCUGAAAUUCAAGAUUCACUGGGUAGGAGCUACAAUGUUCCUGAUGACAUUGACGAAGAUGACCUCAUGGGUGAGCUUGAUGCACUUGAAGCUGACAUGGGAAACGAGACUGAAGCAGACGGAGUGCCUUCCUAUCUCCAACCCGACAAGGAACCGGAUCUUGAUGAGGAACUUGACUUACCUCCUCCCCCACCAGGAAGGACAACAACAACAGGAGCUCAACCUGAACGAGCUGCGCAAGUGAGUUUCACUCUCUAGCUCUUAUGUGAAGGCUGAGGAUGAAUGGGGAUUACCUGCGGUGCCACGUGCUUCACUUCGGGGUUAAAUUCACACUUUCUACUUGUGUGCAUACAAGAAUGUUCACCUCCAAGCGUUUGUUUUCACUUGUGAAAGCUACUAAUACGUUUUGUGCAUAACAGUCUCAUAAACCUUGGAUCCUCGAUUUGUUCAUGAGAAGCAGUGAUUUAGUUUUUUUUUUUUCUUUCCAGUCACUUAUGUUUUGUGUUUGGUCCAUUAGUAAACUUUCAAGUAAUGAAAAGGUUAAAUGUUUGGUAUGUACUCAAUGGAAUCUUGUUCUGUUCA